AUGUUGGCUCAUAAUCGUAUUAUGAAUAUGCCUCAAAAUAUUCAUCAUAUUAAAGAUUUGAAGAUAGAAGACCAAGUUCCACUAGCAUCUUUUGGUGACUUUUCUCCUGAGUUUGCAGCACGAUGGGAAGAAAAUUUUUGUAAGGAAGAAUAUUCAGGUUAUUUUGAAAUUUGGUUGGCACGCUAUGAAGAAAUACUACGAUUGCCAGAAGCCAAAAAUUACCAUCAAGUAUUUAAGCAACGUAUAGGUGCGUUGAUGGAAGCAAUGGUGAACGAUUCAGAUUUCCGUAAACUCUGUUAUGAAAAAGCAUGUAAUGUCGUUUCAACGUCUCAUAACGGAAUAUUAUUUGCUUUGUACGAAUUGGAAGCCAAACUUAUUGAACAGCGCAUGAUUGAACUAAAAUUAUCUGAUGAAGGAGUUCGUCAAGAUGUCAAGCGAGCCUUUAAUUUUUACCGCUUGCAAGAGCUCGCUCAAUUACACGGACAACAGUUUUCCCUCCAAAACGAUGCAAAUCCAGAUGAAGAAGUAAUCAAUGGGCAAGAAUCAGCCUUGUUUUUUUACGUCUCUCCAGAAAAUACUCUGGAAAUGCCAUCCGGCAAGGAAAUACCACGUCUUAUGUAUCAACCAGAUUUGGGUAUAGCAAAUGAUGACAACGUAAGAAGAGCAGUCGAAAAAAUUCAACAGGAAAAGAAAGAACAUGGUCCAAAUUAUUUGAUUCCCUUUAUUUUGGAUAAAGAGUUUUGGAUUGAAUAUUUAUCACGGCGUUAUUUAGAUUUCAUAAGGGAACACACACAAGUUUUUGUGGAUCAGAUGGAAGAAAUAGAAGCAAAAAAGGAUCAAGUUAAGGAAUAUGAUUAUCUCACACGGAUGAAUGCAUUGCUUGAAGAAAAGAACGAAUCGGAACAAAGAUUGUAUUACCAAUUGACUAAAAAUAUUGUGAUAGAUUCAUAG